AGCCCUAUCUACCGUAUGCACGCUGCGUUAAGAGAAGCAGAGUUGGGAAGCUAGCGCGGUUCGAUACCGGAAGUGUCUGGAAGGAGUGUCUGCGGGAGGUUGUGCCUCUUUGCUUGCUUGCAGGAUGGUGGAGAAGAAAAUCUCAGCACGGUCUCAGGACCCCAGCCAGAGGCGCAUCUUAGACCGGGCCACCCGGCAGCGGCGCCUGAACCGCCAGUUGGAGGCGCUCGAGAAUGACAACUUCCAGGAUGACCCUCACGCCAACAUGCCCCAGCUUGUGAAGCGCUUGCCUCAGUUUGACGACGACGCUGAAACGGGGAAGAAGAAGAAGAAAACGCGGGGGGACCAUUUCAAGCUGCGUUUCCGCAAGAACUUCCAAGCCUUGCUGGAAGAACAGGUGCCUCUUGGCCCUCCCUCUCCCCUUUGUGGGACGUGGAACCUGAACGUGAGCGAGGGACCCAACUACCUGACAGCGUGUGCCCCCCCUUCCAACUUGCCCCAGCGCCGCUUCUGCACCGUCUGCGGCUUCCCGUCGAACUACACAUGUGUAUCGUGCGGAACCCGGUACUGCUGCGUCAAGUGUCUGGGGACGCACCAAGAAACUCGGUGUCUGAAGUGGACCGUCUGAGAUGUGUUCUGAGGAACUGCGCAGUGCUGCCUGUGGAAGGACCAUUUGUGUGGCGUACCUGUUGCCUUUGGAUGGGUUGGGCCUGGAGCUCUUCCUCGCUUCGAGGCUGAAGGACAGGAAACCAGGUUUCUCAGAGACGGAGAGGAAGGCCGCUUUGCCUUGCGCCAUCAUCUGUCGCUAGUGUUUCGAGUAAUUAAAAAGUAUCUGUGCUGUA